AAAAUAUUGACAUAUUAUGAAGAGGCCUGUGUAAUGAUUACCGCAACUUUAAAGCAUAAAUAUAAUAGCCUUAAGUCAAAUAACGAACUGUUCAUGAAGCAAGAAAAUAGAAAAAGACGAGCACCAUUCGAAUUUGUUGGCUCAAUUUACCAUAUAUUAUUUGGAAUUAUGGAUGCUGACGACCGAGAGAAUAUGGAAUCAAAUAUUAAAAAUAUUUUUGAAAACCAAAAGAAUAUCGCAAAGUUGUUUAAGAGACAGACAUCAAUAGUUGAUUCUACAAUAAAUAUAUUAAAAAAGACAACCGAUGAAGUUAACAAAAAUUUUCAAAAAAUGAAUGAACAGCUAAAUAAAUUUUAUCAUGAACUAGUUAAAGAUCAAAAUGCCGAGCGAAUGACCUUGAUGUUUCAGAUAUUAACCAUUCAAAUAGGAAUAGUUAUGGACGAAUGUGAAGAUAUCCAAACUUCGAUAAUCAAUUUACUAAUUGACAUAAAUCAUGGUCGCAUAAAUCCAAAACUAAUAAAACCUUCACAACUUAAUAAAGAAAUUGCACUUAUCAGAAACAAGCUGCCACACAAAUUAGUACUACCUGGAAAACAGUUCGGUAAUGAAUUAAAAGAAAUCUAUAAGUCGAUGACUGCUAAAGGGUUAAUUGUCGAUUCACGACUAGUCAUAAACAUAGAAAUUCCCUUAAUAUCAUAUGAACCGUCAGAUGCAUACAAAUUAAAUCCACUGCCAAUAAAAUACAAAGGAAACAUGAUUAUCCCUGAUAAAAAGUAUACAAGUUUGAUUUAAAUCAAUAUGUAUUGAUAAACCAAGUCGAUCUAGAUAAGUGUUUAAAAAACUUGGAAGAUCAUUAUCAAUGUCCAGGGAACUGGGCUUGGAAAUCAGCUACGGACAAUUCAUGCGAAGUAGCAGCAUUGAAACAGUUGGAAAAUGAAGUAUGUGGAUUCAAGCCCGCUACAAAUGAAAAUGUUUGGAUUAAAUUAUCUUCUCAAAAUCGUUGGCUUUACAAGUUGUUUAGCAAAUCAACAAUACAUCUAGAAUGUGAUAACAACCAAAAAAUGCGAAUGGAAAUCCCUAAUCAAGGCAUUAUCACAAUAAGAGAAGGAUGUACAGCUCGACAUGAAGGAGUAACUUUAACAGCAUCUCAUCACGUACAAUCCGAGAUCAAUAAAGAAUUGCUAUCUUCUUCUUGGGUAAAAGACAUUGAAGAUAUUUCAGAACUGCGAAUUAAACCUUUUGAUUCGACCUUAAUAAACAACACCAAAGAUAUCCUAACACUCAAACAGCAAAUAGAAUUUCUCAAAAAAGAAAAUAUCAAAUUGAAGGGUAUCAAUUUUCAUCACGUUAGUGGUCAUGCUUCGCUAACUUUAGUUUUCAUAAUAGGGUUAAUCAUAGUUAUUUUAUAUAUAAGAUCAAAAUGUAAAAGAAGAACUGUUGUGGCUGUUCCAUUUGAACUACCAGUUAGACAUAAUCAUAAUUAAGUAAAAUGUCAACAAUCCCAUUUGGCUAAUAUGUUUAAACAACACAAUUUUGGCCCAUGGCAGAAUGUUCAUAAAAUAUGAACAUGAAACUCUGCCGCAAUAGAGAUGGGAUUUUAUAAAUAUAACACAUUCAUACAUACAUAUGCAAACAUACGUAAACCGACGAAAUAAACAGGAAAAAUAUACAGUCCACUAAAUGUUAAAUGCAAUGAUAAGCAAUAGAAUUGUAAUGUGACUCUUGCUCAUAAAAUAUGUGAAAAUUGCUUAUCUGAACAAAAUACAUAAAUUACAGUGUAUACAGAAAACAUAAAGAUAAUAUAAGAAUGAAAGAAACACGCAUACACCAAUAUACCAAUGCACACAAGCAGCAACCGACAACCGAUCAUCAAUUGUUUUAAUACGUGCGUUAGAUGCACUUAAGUCAACAGUGAACCUAAACAAAUAUAAAAGAUCAAUACGUUGGUCGUUUAUCUCCUACAAGGAUUUACUGAUUCUGCAUAAGACACAUAAAUUUUAGUGCACUUAAAAUGCAUUGGUAUCGGAUGUAUACAAUGAAGAUAAGAAUACACAUUUACACACAUAUACGUAGUUAAGAAAUUAGUAUUAGAAAAUGUAUAUAAGAAAGAAAUAUUCAAUAAAGAGGU